UGUUUAUUCUCUCUCUCUCUCUCUCUCUCUCUCUCUCUCUCUCUCUCUCUCUCUCUCGACUAUAUUUACUUGAUAUUUACAAGAGCUGUAUAUGCCCAUAACACUUGUAGUUUUUGUUUUAAUUAAGGGGGUGGGCAUGCAAAGAUUUUGUUUUAUCAACAUACUCGUUUUCUUUUAGUCAAAAUUAUACAUUUAUACAUGUACAUUUAGUUGUGUUUUUGUGGCAAAUCACUCGUUUUCUCUUUACUCCUGUGAUCCUUAGUAAGGAAAACAUUUCCCAGAAAAACAAAAGUUUCACUCAUUUUCCCCUUACUCCUGUGAUCCUCAGUAAGGAAAAACAUUUCCUAGAAAAAGUUUCAUUCUUUAGAAACAGCAAAAUAUAUCAGAAAAAUAUAGUUUUGCCUUCUAAGAUGAUAAACCUUACUAACCUUUACUGAACUAGCAAAAUUUAAUUAACCUAACCUUACUGACCUUACAGAACUAAACUAGCCUUACUAACCUUACUGAACUAAUCUAAAUGGAAUCAACCAAAUGUUACUAACCUAACACAACCACUAACUCACCUAACCUAACCAAACUAAACUUGCACUGACUUAAUUUAACCAAGCCAGCCCAAGCUCUCUCAAUAUUUUUAAUAAAGGAGCCUUAUUGAGGGACGCCAGCCUGCUCAUGGAGAAGUGGCGCGUUGCUCAUCACGCCAGGUGUGAGAGAGAAGCACGGUUUGCUGGCCUGCACCUGCACUGUCUGUCACCCAUGGGGCAGGCCACUGUUCUGGGUGGCAUGCAGCUCUCACCAAGUGCCUCUGAUGAGGCUGGCGGGAAGAACACCUGCCGCACUGUUUUAUCUUUGCUUGCCUUUUUUUUUUUUUUCUGGAAAAUUUGUGAUUUUUAUCCAAAGAAUACUUUUCCAAAAGUGAUGAGGGUUUGUGGAAUGCAGCUGUGAGUAGGUGCAAGCAUUUCAUAAGAUACGCCUUAAUGGAGACAUGCUUGCACAUCAGUAAAACAAAUAAUAACCUUAUCUGUGUUUGAUAUUUUGUUUGAAUGCAGUAUUUGUGUUUUGUUCCUCUCUGUGGCACUAAAUUUCUUCCCACUCCCCAAGACUUGCAGUCUCCCGGCCCAAAACCAAGGCCCAGAGGUAUGGAGGCUUCCUGCAUGACACACUCCCCCACACCUCAUGUGUCCCCUCCACCCAGGUCUCUCUCUCUCUCUCUCUCUCUCUCUCUCUCUCUCUCUCUCUCUCUCUCUCUCUCUCUCUCUCUCUCUCUCUCUCUCUCUCUCUCUCUCUCUCUCUCUCUCUCUCUCUGAACUGUAUACAGUCCAUGCCUGUCCCACCACUCUUUUCCCUCCAUCCAUCUGUGCCACUCAGCCCCAUCAUGACUGCCUUUCUUCCCUGCUCCACAGGCCAGGCCAGAGUCCAGACUGGCAUCCUACUUGGCACAACCACUCCAGCCAGCUUCUCUGAUGGUUCCUGCAGGACUGGCCAUGGCGUGUGCUGCUGGGAGCAGUGCUGCAGUGGAGGGGUGAUGCUGGGCAGCAGCAAGAGUGAGUACCAGCAGCAGCAGCAGUCUGCUUCAGGUAUGGGGAGGCGCAGGCGUGGCGGCAAGAAUCACCUGGAGGUGGGCAGCUCUGUCCACAGAGGAGAGAGCAAGUUAGAGUGUCAGCAGUGUGAUCAUACUUUUACAUCCAAACAAGGGCUUGGGCAACACACCCUGACACACAGUGGUGUUAAAAAUUAUGAGUGUCUUCAAUGUGAAAAGAAAUUUACCCAACAGUCUCACCUCAUCAGACACACCCUGACACACAGUGGUGUUAGAAAUUAUGAGUGUUUGGAAUGUAGAAAGAAAUUUAUCCAACAGUCUCACCUCACCAGACACACCCAGACACACAGUGCUGUUAGAAAUUAUGAGUGUUUGAAAUGUGGAAAGAAAUUUACCACAAAGGUUCACCUCACCAGACACACCCUGACACACAGUGGUGUAAGAAAUUAUGAGUGUUGGGAAUGUGGAGAGAAAUUUACCCAAAAGUCUCACCUCACCAGACACAGCCUGACACACAGUGGUGUUAGAAAUUAUGAGUGUCUUGAAUGUGGAAAGAAAUUUGCCACAAAGAUUCACCUCACCACACACACCAUGACACACAGUGGUGUUAGAAAUUAUGAGUGUCUGGAAUGUGGAAAGAAAUUUACCCAGCAGUCUCACCUCACCAGACACACCCUGAGACACAGUGGUGUUAGAAAUUAUGAGUGUGAAGAAUGUGGCAAAAGAUUUAUUAGCAGUUCUGAGCUCAAUAAACACACCUUCAGACACAUUGGCAUGAGGGAGUUCGAGUGUGAUGUUUGUGGGAAAUGUUUUAAGACAAAGCCUGACAUUGCCAAGCAUGUGAGGAUUCACUUUUGAGGGGGUGUGGUCACACCCAUGCAUGUGGGAGUGUGUGGUGGCGGCGGUGGUGGUGGUGAGCAGUGUGUUACAUCUAUAAUAAUAAUAAUAAUAAUAAUAAUAAUAAUAAUAAUAAUAAUAAACGGUUUAUUAUUUAGGCAGUUAACAAACUGAAAAUGUACAUAGGUGGGGAAAUACUUAACAUUAAUCCUAAAGGUAAGUCUAAUCUAGAAGGGACUAUUGAUUGAUGGCUUGCACCAUGGUGGGAAUCGCACUGAGUCUGUACCGGUCCAUGCACGGCGCCUUUAGGGGCGUUAUCUUCUCGUGGUGUCUGGUGGCACGGGCCGGGCGAGGCGCGUCAGGCGGCAGCAUGUUUCUGAGACGUGGAUGAUGGAGCCGUAGUGCAGCUGUAGUGGCAGCCGUGCCCUUGUGUGCUGUGAGGGAGUAAUGGCCCCAGCACUUGUUUUACUGACAGUGCAGGUGUGACUUUCAGUAAGUGUGUCUGUACUGUGACGCACUCUGCUCACCAGACUCGAGCCAGCAACGAGACACUGGUUUCUGAGCCUGUUAGGGUGUCCAGAACCUCGCCGCUUGGAGGCAUGUCUCAGUAACAUGGAGGUGGUGGUCUGAGAGAGGGGAGGGCUCCUCCCAGCGUCCUCCCACCUUGCCUGGCCUGACUGAGGUUGUGUCUGGGAUCUUGGCAGCCACGGAGGGGGAAGGGGUUUGGCUUCUCCUGCCCUCCACGUCCUUGGCUGCGACUCCUCGGUGAGCAGGAAACUUUAUCGUAGUGAAGGGUAAGAAUUUUGCUUGGUGACUGCUGGUGGUGAAGGUAAUGAAGUAAUUGUGUGUCUGUGACUGACUUUUGUGAGUUGUUUUUUUUCAGCUUUGUGUUAAAGGCCAAGACUAACUGAGAAGUUUUGCUGUGUACAUUAUAAGCGAAGGUUGACGUGUUUGUUAAGUUUGAAUCUGGCAACGGUUUCCUCUUUCCCGGGAUUCAUUUACUACUGAGAGUGUCUUGAUUAUUAACUCAGACAUUUUUAAAGUCUUGAGGCUUGUUAACUUAAGUGUUAAAGUGUAAAUCUUUAUUGUGGCCCAAAAAAUAAUACAUUUUAAAAUUUUUGUCAUUUAGGGUAAAUAAAAUAUUAUUUGCCUUAACUUUGUCCUCACACUUUUGUUUAAAGUUUUGCUUACUACCAAACAGUAGCUCAGCACAGCACAGCACAGCACAGCUCUUAGUACACGGAGACACGUAUUGUGGUGCGCGAGUCAAAUCCACCCUGCAAUUCACUUUAGAGCAGCAAAAGAAAACAUAUCACUUUUCAGGUAAAAAAUAUGUACCUGUAAAACAAGUAAAUACUUGAAAGAAAGCUUCACAUGUUGAGAAUGAGCUGGUCUGUGUAUUUAGAGGCAUUAGUCAGAGAAGCAUUCCAAGCAAUGAGGCUCUGCACUGCACCAUUGCAUUUGUAAUGGAGAAAUCCCUCAAGAUGGUCAGCCAGCAUCACCAUAACAGAGCACUGAAGCAACAGGAGAUGAAUACUGCCGUGCACUUAUGCAACACAAACUACACUUGAUGCAACACUAAUUAAUUGUGAACAAUAAACAGUGCUUUGUUGAUGCACCAAAGCAGUGUUUAGCAGUGCACCAAGCACUGUUUAGCAGUGCCCAAAGUAGUUUAGCAGUGCACAGAGCACUGCACAAAGCACUGUUUUUUUAGCAGUGCACAGAACACUGGUAAGCAGUGUACAAAGAACUGAUUAGCAGUGCACAAAGCAUUGGUAGGCAGUACACAAAGUGAUGGUAAGCAAUGCACAAAGCACUGUUUAGCAGUGCACAAAGUACUGUUUAGCAGUGCAUAAAUAUAGAAUUACAAUAAAACAAAAGCCAGGAAGUGGAGAGAGUGAGUGGCAAUGCUUUAAGCCUCACUUUGCUGGGAGAGGGGAAGCCUUGUUUGGGGACAGUCUUGAGGCAGUGCUGAGCCUGUGCCGCCUCCUUGUACCAGCUGCAGGGGCCAGGCAGAUGAGAGGAAGACAACUGCUGCCGCUGCCGGCUUUAUUUGCUCUGCCCACUGCCCGUACAUCAAGUCUCCAUUACACGUUCCAUUGAACGUGACGAACAGUUCCGCUCAUAGAAGCGAAACAAACAAACAAACAAGUGCCUGAAGGAUUCAAACCAUCAUGAACAACCACCAGCACCACACACACACACACACACAUUGAAAGACUAAUUAACAAAACAUGGCAACCACCACCACCAUUGUUGUCAUCCCUGAAAACCUUCACAGCUCUUCCCCAGUGGUAGGUCGUGGCUCAGCCCAGAACACUGCACAUAAAUCCCCCUCUUUGACAUCACUAACCUUUGGAAGUUUGCAUUUACAAACUUGUGUCCAACUGCUGCCCUCACAGUCACGUCUGAGGCUGUCACAUUAGUGUCGUCUGCAGUGCCAUCCACGGUCCCUUGGCUGCCACCAACUUCCAAAAAGCUGAAAAGGCUGAAGUUAACAUGCCUUUAAUAGCCAUAGGUUUAAUGUGUGCAGAAAUGAGACUGAGAAAAAGGACAGGCAUUUAUUAGAUGAUUAUUGAAUGCAGAAUUUGGAAUAUUGUUUGUUCAAUCAAGGCCAAAACUGAAUGUGUAUUUUGUUAUCCCAGUUACCCAAAUGUAUUUAUUUAUUAUUUAUUUAUUUAUUUAUUUUUUACCGCAAUUGACUAUAUAACCUAAAGGAACAAAUUUGAAAAGUCUUUAAAUUAAAGUUUUAACUCUUGUCUAAAAAUUGUCAAAGGUCUGUUAAUUACAACUUUAGGAAGAAAGAAAAUGUGAAAUAAUAACAAUAAUGAUGAUGACAAUAAUAAUAAUGAUAAUGAUAAUAAUAAUAAUAAUAAUAAUAAUAAUAAUAAUAAUAAUAAUAAUAAUAAUAGUAAUAAUAUUAACAACAACAACAACAACAACAACAAUUUCUGCUUGUUACCACUACUUAAUAUUACA